CUUGUAUUCAAGAAGCUGCCCAUCUUAGUAGCUCACCCGAUGCAGAAGUAAUUGGCACUUUGACAAUGAGCUCCCAACCACUCCUUCGCCCGGCAAUUCUUAUCGUUUCCGAUACUGCAGCCGCCGACCCGUCAACAGACAGAGCGUUUCCCAUCUUGAAGGAGACCUUCACCCAGGACGGCGCCGGAAAAUGGGCCGAACCCAUCGUCGAGAUCGUUAAAGACGAUAUCCUCGAUAUACAGCGCGUUGUUCGCUCCUGGACAGACAAUGAAUCCUCCGGGUCUGGGGCCGUGAACCUGGUCAUAACGACUGGGGGGACAGGCUUUGCCAGACGAGACUUCACGCCCGAAGCUAUAUCACCCCUGAUCCACCGCCAUGCGCCGGGUAUCGUGCAUGGUAUGCUGGCAGCGUCGUUCCAAGUCACGCCUUUCGCGAUGAUGUCCAGACCUGUGGCCGGGGUGCGGAAUAAAACCAUCAUUGUCACGCUGCCGGGCUCGCCCAAGGGUGCGAAGGAGAACCUGCAAGCUAUUUUGAAGUUACUGCCUCAUGCAUGUUUGCAAGCUGCAGGCGAGGACUCGCGAACCGCGCAUGCGGGCGGAGUCAAGAAGCUAGAAAAAGACGCCGGGGUGUCUGCUGGCGCAAAGGGCGCAGAGGGGAUGGCGGCAACGCACGACCACUCUCAUUCUCAUUCUCAUCAUCAUCACGACCACGACCACAGCCACGGCCAUGGAGGCCACAGCAUUCCCAAAGCACAUACCGACCCCUCUCAGCGGCCACAAUCCAAUGAUCCUCGCCUUGGAGCGACCGCACGCGCCCGCUCCUCCCCCUACCCUAUGCUCAGCGUGUCCGACGCCGUGGCCAAGAUCAUUGAGAAUUCACCACAGCCCGUAAAGGAACUUCGGGACCUCACGCCCGAUCUUGUUGGAUACGUAAUCGCCGAGGAUAUCCGUGCCGCUGAAGCUGUGCCUGCCUACCCGGCCAGCAUCGUCGACGGGUACGCUGUCAUCGUUCCGGAUGCCAAAUCCCCGACGCACAAAGACCUCCCGCCAAUCAAGGGUGUCUUCCCCGUGGCAUCCGUCUCACAUGCGCAAGCAUCCUCGAUGCCUCCACCGCUGGAACACGGCCAGAUCGCCCGGAUCACGACUGGCGCGCCGCUGCCCGAAAACGCCAACGCCGUGGUCAUGGUCGAAGAUACAGCCAUCGCCAGCCUGACGGACGACAAAUCCGAAGAAGCCACCGUCGAGAUAUUGACGGACGAAAUCACCGUCGGUGAAAACAUCCGAGAUCCAGGAAGCGACAUCAAGCUCGGGGAGGUGAUCCUGACCAAGGGCACACAGAUCAGCGCGCUGGGCGGAGAAAUCGGCGUCCUUGCCGCCGCGGGGAUCCAGAAGGUGCCUGUCUUCCGCAAGCCGCGUGUCGGCGUGAUGUCUACCGGCGACGAGGUUACGGAUAUUUCGUUUCAAGGACCCCUGACGGGCGGGAUGAUUCGAGACUCGAACCGGCCUAGUUUGUUGUCUUUGUUGCGGGGUUGGAACCUGUGCGAGCGCGACGGCGUAGUGGACUUGAACGUCGCAAGGGAUACACCGAACCACGAGCUUGAAGAGAAGAUUCGCGAGGCGUUCAGGACAAAGGGGCUGGAUAUAAUCAUUACGACGGGCGGCGUAAGUAUGGGCGAAUUGGACCUCUUGAAACCCACGAUCGAGAGGAGUUUGGGCGGCGAGGUGCAUUUCGGCCGGGUGAGCAUGAAACCGGGCAAACCGACGACGUUUGCGAGUGUGCCGUUCAAAGAAACAGAAUCGGGCGAGAGGGAGAGGAAGUUGAUUUUUGGACUGCCGGGAAAUCCGGCGAGCGCGUUGGUCACGGCGAAUCUGUUCGUGUUGCCGUGCGUGCAGAGCAUGGUGGGACUGGACGGUAAGAAGGGCUUGGAGAGGGUUAAGGUCAUGGUGCAGGGGAGGAUCAAGUGUGACAAGGAGCGAGUCGAGUAUCAUCGCGUCGUGGUCAGUGUGGAUGCGAAGGAUGGCAGGCUGGUGGCGACGAGUACGGGCAUGCAGAGGAGUAGCCGGGUAGGCAGUCUGGCUGCGGCGAAUGCCUUGUUGGUGCUGCCGCAGCGGGACGGAUGGCUAGAAGAUGGUGGACAGUGUGAGGCGUUGAUGAUGGGCAUGGUCCAUGGGUUUUAACUUAGGAGUACAAUGAGACGAGAGUGAGGAAGUCAGCCAUUAUAGCAUAUACAAGAAUAGAACCUGUUGAUAUGAGAGUGAAA